AAGUGGAGACGCUACCUGCCGAACUCACGAUGCGGGUAGUUUACCUGUACCUCUUCCUGCUGGCAGGCGCGGUGGGCACCACCCACGCUCAGUGGGACGUCCCAAAAAAGGUGCAGGACUGGUACACCGGGGUGCGACAGCAAGUGAUGUCACGAAUAUUCAACUCAGAUACUUACAAAGCUUACAACUCCACCUACAAAGACCUGCUGGCUCGCGGCAACCUGAGCUUCUUAUCCGUGGACGAGGCGAGAGCCCUGCCGGCCACCUUGUGGCGCAAGUACGGGGCGCUACCUCUACUUUCGUUGAGAAACAACACAUGGAACUUGCUGGCGCCGUCUCUGACGCAGCGCAUCAAGGACGAGAUGAACCUCCUGCAGAGAGUCAACAUCACCAUACCUCAGGCCAUCGACCGGCUCCGGAGCUUGCUUGUGAACACAAGCGCUUCGCGAGUAGAAGUGAAUAUGCUGCUAGAGCAGCUGGGGAACUCCUGGGACUGGAUGGAAGCGAAUAUCACUAGCCUGAAGCCCAUCCUCUUCUACCUGCCUAUCUCCAUGCUCACCAACAUACGCGAUGUUCCAACUAUUACCCGGCUAAACAAUGAAGUGAGGCAGUGCACGGAUAAUUCGGGCUCCAGAUCCGAAUCGUGCCCAAGUCAGCAAGAGGCUAAGGGCGACGUAAUGACCGUACGCGCCCAGUACAUGCUGUCGCUGCGGGCGUGGCUCAUCGAAAAGACCUACGGUGACGCUAGGAACUGGGACCGAGACACCUUCGCCAAAAUGACUGACCUCAGCAUCCUGCCCGACGCCGUCUUCCUGCGCCUCCAGCCUGACGUCCUGUUAACACGAAAGGAUGAAAUCUUGACGAUGCUGCGUAGUAAGGCGUCGAAGGUGAGGUCGCUGGGCCGCUACAUCGUCGAGAAGGUCUUCAUGAAAGAGAACGUACGGCGCAGCACCGACAACCCACCACCGUCCGUCAGUCAGACUGAAAUCGACAGGAUCAAGGCAGUGAUUAGCCCGCUGCGAAGCGCAGGCCUCAUGCAGUUCGUGUACGCCACCGACCUGCCCAAUGAAGUGCUAGACGCCGACAACCGUCUCAUCCGCAACGAACUGGACACCUCCACCACCACUGCGCUGCAAAGCGGUGGCAUUGACGCUUUGGUGCUGGAAAACAGCAUUCAGGGUCUGUUCAACUACACAUCACCCUUCACCAGUGAACAAAUCCGAAACCUAGGAAUGAACCGUUUGGCGCUGGCGUCAGGCCUGAUGCUCAACCGCACUCUCAGGACCUUCUCCAUUUCGUCUGAGGACCUCAGGAGACUCUUCACGACCAUCCAAAACACGGUCGGCAGCACCGCCAAGUCCAAGCUGAUGCUGAUCAAGAACAAAGUGUUCGAAGUGGCCUCUGGCGGCGGCAACUCGCUGGACAUCAGCGCCGUCCCUGACGAGCUCCUGAACGUGGCGCCCAUGCGCUACCUCGAUGAGGCGGCCAUGUCCCUGACCAACAGGUUGACGGUGCUGGGGAGGAACUCCUUCAACACGGCACAGAUGGCUACCCUCAUAUCAGGCAUUGGGUCGGGCCAGUUGACUGGCGCCCCAGGUAACGCCAAGGAGGCCAUCCAUACCAAUAUAUACAAGGACCUCAACAAGGAUGGCUUGAAACCGGCGGCUGACGGCAUGCCCCCCUCAUCCAAGAUGGGCCUGAUGAUAUCGGAUAAGGCCUUCAAGGCGGCGGUGAAUAUGAACACCGACGCCAACGCGGCGAUGUUCCUGCAGGCGGUGGACGCCAGGAACAUCCCGACCUCCAACAUCGUCCAGCAGCUCGAGUACAUGAAGGACGGCUUCCCUACGCGCCAGGCGUGUUCCGUGCUCAAGGACCUCUACGUGAACUACACCGCGACGGAGAUGAUGACCCAGAGUGAGGAGGAGGUCUUCCAGCUCCUCACGCCCUCCGCCAUCGAGCUCAUGCCCAUCUGCGUCGUCGCUGCCUUCGGCCAGGACCUUCUUCGGCGCCUGGAUGACGUCAGCAAAAUAACCCUGUUGGACCGCCUCGUCGCGAACAGGAGAAUGGCGCUGACUUACGACUCUCUCAGCCGGUCUGACAUACAAACCAUCGUGGAAGAGGGGCUUAAUGCGAAGGGCCGGCCAAGCAUUUUGACGGGAGCGGACGUUAACACGUACGGGGAAAUUCUUCUAUUCUUCCCCACCGAUCUGCUGAACUCCAUGACCUCUGAGGGAGCUCCUGUUGCCCUCGGCACCUUCAACAACCUGGCGGCAAGUGUCCUGAUGCCAUGUCUUGACGGAGGACGAAGAGCGGCCAUCGGUAAUAUGAUCACCAAGUUCAAAGGGGACGACCCGCAGACAUGGCGGCAAAUGUCGGGGCUGUGUUGCCUGCUGUACACGCUGCCGUCGGGGACGCUGAGCCGCAUCCCCCGCGGGGCCCUCAUGUCCUGUCGGUGCCACAUCGCCGACCGCGCCCAGUACGCCUCUGAAGCUGAGGCCCGCCAGAACCCGGACCCAUGCCCAUACUCAAACCCAUGCCCCCCAUACCCAUCCCCAUACCCUUACCCAUCCAUACACACACCCAUACCACCCAUGCCCAUACCCAUACCCAUACCCAUACCCAUACCCAUGGCAACGCUCAAUUAUAUCAAACAAUGA